AUGACAUAUUAUUCAAGAAGAAAUACGAAUUCUUUUGAAUACUCCAAUUCUGUUGCAAGCAAUCGGAAAUAUGAAAUAUGUCCCAAUGCUUCUGCUCAAAAAGCUUUAUAUGAAAAAAUUAAAACAGCAAGAAAUAAGAUUACUGAAUUCGAAUCUUUGUACAAUAUAGCUUCAGAUACUAGUAUUAGAAGCGAUCUUGCUUCUCAACAUUCUGCUCGUAAAUCUCAAAAUUCUAAUUUAGCAAUACAUGAGUUUAUAUACUCUCAACUCUAUAUGCUUAUAGAGCUAUACAUGUUUACACAAUCUGAAGAAAUUGAUUUCAAAUAUAGCCUUUCCAAUAGUGAAACGCUUAGAUAA